GGCCAAGCUUGUAGCAGGCAGAGCACUUCCGUGUAAGUUUUGCAGUCAAUAAUGAAAAUGGCGUGGCAGCCGAAAGAGGAAGGUCUUCAACAAAUUCUUCAACUCCUUAAGGAGUCACAAUCUCCAGAUACUGCAACGCAAAGAGCUGUACAAAAAAAAUUGGAAGAAUUGAAUGAAUUUCCCGAUUUCAACAAUUAUCUCAUAUUUGUAUUGACAAAGUUAAAGUCUGAAGAUGAACCCACCAGAUCUCUCAGUGGUCUCAUCCUUAAAAAUAAUGUCAAAGCCCAUUUCCACAAGUUUUUACCCGAAGUCAGUGAGUUCAUCAAGGCGGAAUGCUUGAAUGCCGUUGGAGAUCCUUCACCUCUGAUACGAGCUACAGUGGGCAUUCUUAUCACCACAAUUGCUUCCAAAGGAGAGCUCACAUCUUGGCCAGAGCUGCUUCCUGCCUUAGUUACCCUGUUGGAUUCUGUGGAUUACAAUGCUUGUGAGGGUUCAUUCGGGGCACUGCAAAAAAUUUGUGAAGACUCUGCAGAGAUUCUUGACAGUGAUGCUCUAAAUAGACCUCUCAACAUCCUCAUUCCCAAAUUUCUGGAGUUCUUCCGACAUUCUAGCCCUAAGAUAAGGUCCCACGCAAUAGCAUGUGUGAACCAAUUCAUCAUUAACAGGACUCAAGCUCUUAUGACUCACAUCGAUCCUUUUCUUGAAAAUCUAUUCCACUUGGCGUCUGAUGAUGAUCCUGAUGUUCGUAAAAAUGUUUGCCGAGCAUUGGUCAUGUUACUGGAAGUUCGUAUGGACCGGUUAAUUCCGCAUAUGCACAACAUCAUUGAGUACAUGCUAAUGCGUACUCAGGAUCAAGAUGAAGCUGUUGCUCUUGAGGCAUGUGAAUUUUGGUUAUCUUUGGCAGAGCAACAGAUUUGUAAGGAUGCUCUUGGCCCGUACCUUACUCGACUCGUUCCUGUUCUUGUGAGGGGAAUGAAAUAUUCUGAGAUUGACAUCAUCCUGUUAAAGGGCGAUGUCGAAGAAGAUGAGAUGAUACCAGACCGUGAAGAGGAUAUCCGGCCACGUUUCCAUAAAUCCCGAACACACUCUCACAAGCACACUGAGAAUGGGGAAGAGGGUGAAGAUGAUGAUGAUGAUGGACUUGAUGAUGACAACUCCCUUUCAGAUUGGAAUCUAAGGAAGUGCAGUGCUGCUGCUCUGGACUGUCUUGCAAACGCGUUCAGAGAUGACCUGUUGCCUGUCCUUGUACCAAUCUUGAAGGAGACCCUUUUCCAUAAUGAGUGGGUUGUAAAGGAAAGCGGUAUUUUGGCUCUUGGAGCUAUUGCUGAAGGCUGCAUGCAAGGUAUGAUUCCUCAUCUAGGUGAACUGAUACCUUACCUGAUUAGCUGCCUUUCUGACAAAAAGGCUCUUGUACGAGCAAUUACUUGUUGGACUUUGAGUAGAUACUCUCAUUGGGUUGUUUCACAAAAUCAUGAUCUAUAUUUUAAACCUUUAAUGAAUGAGCUAUUGAAAAGAAUUCUGGAUGGAAACAAGAAAGUGCAGGAAGCUGCUUGCUCUGCCUUUGCUACACUGGAAGAGGAAGCCUGUACAGAGCUAGUACCUUACCUAGGCUUUAUUCUUGAGACCUUGGUCUUUGCAUUCAGCAAAUAUCAGCAUAAAAAUCUUUUAAUACUCUAUGAUGCUAUUGGUACACUUGCUGAUUCUGUUGGCCACCAUUUGAACAAAGAAGAUUACAUUAACUUACUGAUGCCCCCACUCAUUGCCAAAUGGAAUGUCCUGAAGGAUGAAGACAAAGACCUCUUUCCUCUUCUUGAAUGUCUGUCGAGUGUUGCAACUGCACUGCAAUCAGGUUUCCUUCCCUACUGCGAGCCAGUUUACCGGCGCUGUGUGUGCCUAGUGGAGCAGACGUUAAACCAACAUAUUGCCAACACUCAAAGCCCAGACCAGUUUGAGGCUCCUGACAAAGACUUCAUGAUAGUUGCACUAGAUCUGCUCUCUGGACUUGCAGAAGGCCUUAAUGGUCAGAUUGAAAAGCUUGUUGUAGAUUCAAAUAUUAUGCAUCUCUUGUACCAAUGUAUGCAAGACCCCAUCUCUGAAGUGAGACAAUCAUCAUUUGCUCUUCUUGGAGAUUUAACAAAAGCCUGCUUUCAACAUGUUCAUCCUUGUAUACCGGAAUUCCUUCCUAUCUUGGGCCAAAACCUCAAUCCUGAGUUCAUAUCUGUUUGUAAUAAUGCAACAUGGGCCAUUGGUGAAAUAUCAGUCAAACUGGGUCAAGAUAUGAGACCGUACGUUCCUUUGGUUCUGAACCAACUAAUUGUCAUUAUAAACCGUGGGAAUACUCCUAAGACACUACUGGAAAACACAGCAAUUACAAUUGGCCGGCUAGGUUUUGUGUGCCCUCAUGACGUCGCCCCCAUGUUGCAACACUUUGUUCGUCAGUGGUGUUCCUCCCUUCGCAAUAUCAGGGACAAUGAAGAGAAAGAUAGUGCUUUCCGGGGAAUGUGUCAGAUGAUAACAGUGAACCCAGCUGGCGUUGUACAAGAUUUCAUAUUCUUCUGUGAUGCAGUUGCAUCUUGGGUCAGUCCUAAAGAGGAUUUAAGAGAUAUGUUCCACAAGAUACUUCAUGGAUUUAAAAAUCAAGUUGGAGAUGAAAACUGGAAGCAAUUUGCUGACCAAUUCCCUCCGCAGCUUAAUGAGCGAUUAUCAAGCACUUACGGUGUUUGAGGCCAUGAGAUUGCUGUGGGGUUUAAAUUUCAGGGGUGGGUGGGUGAAACCACAAGCCGCCGCAAUGCCUAUCAUUGCUUCUUCAUACGAAAUCCGAUUAUCUGUUGCUGAAGGGAGGGGAGGGGAGGGAGGGAUAGUUUCCAGAAGAAUACCCUUCACUGAAUGUAUUUGUCACCAAGGAAGAUCGUAUGCUUGUUAAUAUUGACCAAUUGUUGCAAAAGCUUGCUCAGGGUUGACUUUGAAAAUGUGAAAUGGUUGCUCUGUGGAUUGAUUCAAUGCAGAUACUGUAGGUAAACCAAAUCAAAUGGGAUGGGAAUUCAUUGUUUCAAAUUUCUCCUUUUUUGAAUGUGUGUGUGUGUGUGUGUGUGUUUGAAACACAGUGCGAGCAAUGCACCUUUCUAAAGUCGAUUGUGUACUGCUUUGCCUUACUUUCAUGAUUUUUCAAAUGCUAUCCACAGAAGCAAAACUGUUCACAAUACACUGAAGCAUUAUGUCUGUAUGCUCUAAUGGAUGACUCAUUAAUACUCUUUGCUGUCUGUAAGUUACAGCAGAAAAUGUGUUCUGGAAGGGUCAAAUACGGCAUUUAUUCUUCAAUGAAGUUGUAGCACUAAGAUUAAGAAUGAAUGGUUUAGUUUUCGUGGUGAGGCAUUUUGUUAGUCUAAGAUCAAUUUUAUCUAGGGAAACACCUCACCAUGGUCAUUUGCUUUCAUUUAGGUGGAGCUAACUUGUUUUUUCAAAAUAUGUACUUGGUGCAUGUAUUGGACAAACUUGAGGCUAACUAGUAGCAUAUAAGGCAAUCCUAGAGUAAGUUUGAUUCAUACUAAAUCAAUAUAGUCCUGUUCUCAUGUAGCUCUAUUUUCAAAGGAAGUUUUUGUUUUGGAACACAUUUUGGAAAACUUUUGACCCUUACUCUGUUUAAAUACAGUCAAUGACAGUGAGUAUUAGGGCUCAGAGUAUCUUAAACCAAAUGUACUGUUUGAGUUAUGGUAUGUGAUAUGCGUACCAUGAGGGCAGGAUUUGUAUAUUGUAUUUAGUGCUAUUAAGUAGUCUUGGUCGCUCUGCGAUACCUCCAAUGUCCUAAACCCCUCUUCCCUACUGCCAGCGAACCGGCAGCCGAGACCUAUUUCAUUUUUGCAAAGUUCUACCUUUUGUUUCUUUUUUGUUCCCAAGGUGGAUAUUUCAUGUAACUUUGUAGCAAUCUACUGAUGCUACUGAAUAUAAAAUAUUUGAAUUUUAAGAAAUUAUUUUAAGUCUGACUAUGUUCUGAGUGAGAUUGUUUGUGACAUACCAUUCUGAACAUGAUAAUUGAUCAUCUUGGCAAGGACCUUUCUUUCUGGCAACUUAAAAUGUGUGGUUUGUUCAAACGUAUUUUUCCUACAGCAUCUAGUCUUGUGUGUCUGAGAGUUUAAAUAUUAUGGUGCUAUGUGUCAAUUGUUAGGGUUAUAGGGCUUCGCUCAACAGAUAGCAGUAAUAGUUUUAGGAUUCCUUUGUUGGGGAUUUAAUUUGAAAGCCUGUUGUAAAUCGUUAGUUGUUUCAGAUAAAACUGAAGAUGUGAAAAGUUUAUUUAGUGAUUUUUUCCAAAGUGUCAGUGUUGUUAAUUAAUCGUGUGUUCAUACAUCUAAGUAAUUCGGAAACUAGAAGCUCUUUUUUUUUCUUUCUUAGACAAAAAACUUUUUAAAGUCUGUUGCAAUUUGCCCCUACUUCUGAUGUUUUCAAGGAUUAAAAGAGGGAUCUAAAAUGAUUAUUUCUUAUUUUCUUAAUUUUCUCAUUUCCUUUACACUUUUGGCUUGAUUUGAGUAGCAUCCUUACAGUUUAUCUUCUUUUCCAACAUUCUUGUUUACUUUUUCGUACCUGUCGGGGUGACUAGUUAUUAACGUCAAUGGCAUCAAAAAAUUAGAUAGGGUUUUGUCCUUGUGGUCCCUUACGAUCGUAUUGUUUUCUUCCUUUAUUAUUUUAAAUUUGUUUUUUGGAAAUUUCAUUGAAGUUUCUUAGUAUUUUUUUAUUUGCUCAGAAUAAUGGUUAUAAAAUCUGAUACAUUAUAGUAUAUUUUCUGUGAGUGGGAGCUUAUUAAUUGUGUAGAUUAUUAAUUUAUUACUUGUUGAGAGUAUUAUGUUUAAAUAAAUUCUUGAGUUCGUUUAAUUUUUCUUUUAGCGAGACUCGUAUUGUUUUAAAUGUGUCAGUGAGCAAUCUAAUAUUGAAUUAUUUGCUGCUUGCAGAAGUUGUUUCUACCUCAUGAGUCUAAAGGGUAAUUACGCUUGUACUUAUUUAAUGAUUUUCUCAGAGGGUCUUGUUAUUUUUCUUAAAUCAAAGUGUUAACUGUGUCUAGGGUUAAAGAUUUAUGUCCUGGUAGGCAAUGUUUUCCUUGUGGGUUACCAGUAUCAUCUCUUUUGUAUGUAUUAGGGUUCUUUUUUUAAAAAAAAAUGGAAUACUAGUGAGAUUUAAUCAGUGUGAGAAAUCAGUGUCCAGUAUAGUCAAUGAAAGGUUCCUUGCCAAGUGUUUCUACAAAUCAUCCUUAGUCACCCUGCUCAUUUCAUUUGUCCAUAACUAAAAGAAAUGAAAGCUUCAUCAGAACUGAAUGAAUGUCACCAUUGAGCUGUGAUUUUACUACAUUCUCUAUUUUACUAAAAGACUUGAAAUUGACAAUUUUAGUUUGUUUUGUAUGGUUCAUAAUAUACAAUUAAUAAACUUAACUUAACGUUAUCGUUGUUGUUUUUAGUUUUUUUUCUCUUUUUUUUAUAUAGGUGGAACUAAUGCCAGUAGUUUCUGUUGAGUCUCGGCAAGGUUCUGUCAAUGUGCAGUUCCUAUCCUAUUCCUCAUCAAUCCUUCCCCAUCACCUAAUUGUUUGAUAUGGUGCAGUGGUCAGUAACCUGGCCCUGCUUGGCCAAAACAGAAGUCUGCACUCUCAUGAAAUCAGGGUCAUGUUGCCAAAUUGUUGUUGUUCCUAAGCCAAAUGUUACUGAUAACUGAACUAAUUAAUGCCUGUUUUUAUUCUUUAUCUGUAUUAUGACACUGGUACUUGAGUCAUGUAGCAUCUGUAAUGUGAAAUAAGUGCAUACUUCUGUUGUGGCCCUUAGUUAGCAAAUUGAUCUACUUAAUUAGAAUAUUUCAAAUCAAGAUAUUUAUUAGUUUUUUUUGUUUUGUAACGAAUUUGUGAUAGCUAUUAAUUCUGUCUGAAUGCUUGAAUCUGGCAAGUAAUGGAAAUUGUGAAAUUUGGUGUCCUUGAAGGGGCAUUGAUGCUUCUUAUUUCAAAAUCUGUACCGCAGUCCAAAAUCAAUUGCUAUGCUUUUAAUGAACUGAGUUUUCUUAUUGAAACAUUGCUUUGUAUUCAUCUUGUCUUCUUAGAGAUCUUUCUUGUGUAUUUGAUCUGGUUUUUUUCUUAAUCAUUUAUUAAAAUUUCAUUUAAUGUGGACAAGAUUAAAGAUCAGACGUUAAAUAUA